AAAAUACUGGAGCCUCGUGCUGAAUUUCGAUCCAGACUUUUUGCUGCGCGGUUGCCUCGAUAGGCCUUUCUCUGAAGUGUAAUGUCUCGAAUGUGAUUUGGAGAGGCAUCAAAUAGGCCACCAAAAUGAAGUUAAACAUUGCAUACCCUGCUAAUGGCUCACAGAAACUAAUUGAGAUUGAUGAUGAGCUCAAAGUCAGGAACUUUUAUGAAAAACGCAUGGCUCAGGAAGUCAGUGCUGAUUGCCUUGGUGAGGAAUGGAAAGGCUAUGUUGUCCGCAUCACUGGUGGAAAUGAUAAGCAAGGGUUCCCCAUGAAGCAGGGUGUCAUGACCAACCAGCGUGUGAAGCUGCUCUUGAAAAAGGGACACUCUUGUUACAGACCAAGAAGGAAGGGAGAGCGCAAGCGCAAAUCUGUCCGUGGGUGCAUUGUAGAUGCCAACCUCAGUGUCCUCAACCUUUGCAUUAUCAAGAAGGGAGAACAAGACAUCCCUGGAUUGACUGACAGAGUUGUACCAAGAAGACUUGGACCAAAACGAGCAGGUAAAAUCCGAAAGCUUUUCAACCUGAGCAAAGUUGAUGAUGUCAGGCAAUAUGUCAUCAGACGACCAAUUGAGCCAAAAGAAGGGAAGCCUGAGCCAAAGAAACCAAAGUCUAAAGCCCCCAAAAUUCAGCGAUUGGUUACCCCACAAAGGGUGCAACGCAAGAGACACGAGUUGUCCCUCAAACGAGGCCGUGCAGCCAAGGCUAAGCACGAGGCUGCAGAAUAUGCUAAAGUAUUGGCAAAGAGAGCGAAGGAGGCCAAGGAGAAGAGACAUGAGUUGCACAUGAAGAGGCGAAGAUUGUCCAGUCUCCGAGAAUCAAAAAGCCAUUAAUUUCCUAUUGAAAUAAAUGAUCGAUUACACUUGAAAA